CUAGGCUCAUUAGUGACACUUGACUUUUCUACUGUAUGUUUGGAAUAAGAAGCUUGGGUUUAAGAUUUAUGUAAUUCGCAAUGCUGCUACGAGUCUGAAAAAACAACAUUCCGAUCAGUGUCGAGUGUGUUUGUGUCACUGUAUCGAUUGAUUUCUGAUAGCGCCGGACGGUGGUACCGUAAGUACUGCGGCAGCAGCUUUUGGAGGAGCAGUUUUCGGAAAAUAGAAACUUGAGCAAUGCUGUUGUUUUGUUGUGAUAAAUGCUGUCUCGAGUGAUGCAAAAGUUUGAUGCUUUGUAGGAAUCCAAUUUGUAUGGAGCAAAAUCAAGUUAUUGAAGAGGCAACUUCAGUAUAUUAUUCUGCUUGAGUUUACUGAAUGGUAGGCUUUUCCUUACCUUUGAGUUGGGCGACUCUUUUCAUCAUAAUGGGAACCUCACAUCGCAGUGGGGUCUUAAGGAGAUCAAAUGACACUGCGCGACUUCUGUUAACAACAAUCAUGGGAAUGGUCCUGGGAUAUUUUAUAGGUGCUUCGUUUCCAUCUGUUUACUUAAGUAAGAUUAAUCUACCUUCAAGUUUAAUGACAUCUCUAGACAUAGCAUUUGCAGAAUAUCCUCGUAGUUCUACUAAUAGCAGUUUUCCAGAAGACCAUGGUACCAAAAGUAGUCAUUCGACACCUAAGAUAUAUGUUCCUACAAAUCCCCGUGGUGCGGAGUCUUUGCCACAAGGAAUUGUUGUCUCGGAAUCCGACUUAUAUUUACGGAGAUUAUGGGGUGAACCUAAAGAGGAUCUGAAAAGAAAGCCAAAGUACCUAGUGACGUUUACAGUUGGUUUUGAACAGAUGUAUCAUAUUGAUGCAGCAGUGAAAAAGUUCUCUGAGGAUUUUCAAAUACUGCUUUUUCAUUAUGAUGGUCGAGCCAGUGAAUGGGAUCAGUUAGAGUGGUCACAUCAUGCCAUACAUGUCAGUGCAAGGAAACAAACAAAGUGGUGGUAUGCAAAGAGGUUUUUACACCCAAAUGUUGUAUCAGCUUAUGAUUACAUUUUCAUUUGGGAUGAAGAUCUUGGAGUUGAACACUUCAAUGCUGAUAAGUAUAUUCAGUUAGUUAAAAAACAUGGGUUAGAGAUCUCCCAACCAGGUCUUGAACCCAACAAUGGACUUACAUGGCAGAUGACUAAGAGGAGAGGUGACAGGGAAGUUCACAAGGAUACCGAGGAGAAACCUGGGUGGUGCAGUGAUCCUCUCUUGCCUCCAUGUGCAGCCUUCGUAGAAAUCAUGGCUCCAGUAUUUUCACGUGAAGCUUGGAAAUGUGUUUGGCAUAUGAUUCAGAAUGAUUUGGUACAUGGAUGGGGAUUGGAUUUUGCAUUAAGAAGAUGUGUUGAUCCUGCACAUGAAAAAAUUGGUGUCGUUGACUCACAAUGGAUUGUUCAUCUAGUGAUUCCAUCACUUGGAAAUCAGGGAGAGUCUGAUAAUGGAAAAGCUCCAUGGCUUGGGGUACGAGAGAGAUGCAGAAAUGAGUGGAGGAUUUUUCAGGAUCGGCUUUCUACUGCAGACAAGUCAUACUUACUCCCAGGUGUAGGAUAAUGCGACGGCCAGCCAGCCCUGCCCUAUAGUGUGUAUAUCGCAUGUCAUUUUCCUUUACUUUCCUAUCAUCUCGGAUUCUUGAGUGCUGUUUUGUAGUCUAACUCUUUCUGUGGGAUGCAGCUUUUCACGAGGCGUAAGUUGCCCACAUUAAGAUUAGUGUAAAAUAACCAUUAGAAUUAGAUGAUGUUUAAGAGCGCGUGUUGGGAGCAGGUAUGUAGAAUUGUUUACCUGAAUCUUGUACCAAGUGCUAUUCUAUGUUUCUGUUCCAGUGAUCGAUAUUAAACCAGGGGAUGAUCCUAUAUUUUCUAUAUUAUAUUAUAACUACGCAUCAAAGUUUUGUUAUGAGCAUCAAAUCAUUAGUGAGGAUAUGGAGGAAGAAUCACUUAAAACACCUUCUGAACACUCGGAAGUCUUGUGGGAUUGAAUGAUCCACCAGAUGAAUUAUUUGAUGUCUCGGAACCUCUGGAUUAUGAUCAAUCAGAAACUCGUUGGCAAUCUGACUAUGACCAGUCAAGAUUAGGAGAUUCGACAUGGCAUAUCAUAACAAAGUUUCAGGUGAUUGGAUCCCAGCUCAUUUCUGAGGAACCAAAUGAAAUAACUUUCCCCCAAUAUUGAGUAACAAUUACAAUUGAUAGAUGAUCUCAUGAAUCUCUUGCCACAAUAUGGAUAUCAAACUUGAUACUCAUACAAUAUGUUUCUCAAGACUGAUGGAUAGUCAAGCAGAGUGUUGGGAAAAAGGCAUUCCUGGUUGGUCAAGAACUACCUCGAGGUAUCAUAUAACAGAGCUUACUUAUGGGACACUGGUUUAACUUUUCUAUUCACGUUCUCUUUCAUUGCUUGCGCAAGGCAUUCACUAGCAGAGAAAAGUUGGUAGCUAUGGGCGGGUCCUUGAAAUUAAUAAUUUCGUGUGACUUCAAGUUAUCUGAGAGAACAUAAUAAAUAUAAAUAAUACUAUCAAGAAGUUCCAGUUGUCUUAUGUUAUGGUAUGCUGUCAUUCCAGUUGGGAAGAAACUUGACUGUGCAUUUUACUUAGUUUCCAUCAUGUUCUUCAAAUUGUGCUUGGGAAACUAGAGUUUAACUGACAUGUGCCUUUUAUUUAAGAAGAUACAGUAAUAUCUGUGUGAAUGUGACGAUGGCUGUUUUUUGUGUUGAUAUUGGAUCCUCAACUGUUGCGAGUCGAGUGAUCAGCCUUGCUUUGGGCAAGGCCAAUACACCUGAAGAGCUACCGGAAUGUCUAAUUGGAACCUGCCGCCUUAACCAUUUGGACAUCACUAAAUCAUUACUACUAAAACGCAACCCACACCGAUUCUCUUGUAAUACACCAAACAUGAAAAUUUGUGGUCAUAACCACGAUUGCUAUGGUUUUUAGGUUCAACCGACUCAAAUUUUUGUUGGGAAAAUACUUGCUGCUUCAUCAUGUAUCCGACCUCGGACAUGAAAUGUUCUUUCAAUUUCUCUCAA